UCAUCUUAAUUAUUAGUAUCAGUUUCUGUCUGAGUGGUAAUGCAAAUGGAUGGGGUGAUGGAUACGAAGGGAAGAGCAAGGCAAACAGAAGAUAUACUCCUGCCAAGCAUGUGCUCUGUAGGAAUGGCCAUCCAACUUUGACUGCAUCAAUCAUCAUCCUGCCAUGCAGACUGUUGGGAUUCCAACGCGAGACUGCAGUCCACUGACGUACUUGACUAGUUCAGUUGACCGCUUCAUCCCUCCAAUAAUACUGCAGGCUGGGCAUACCUGAUUAGUAGGAAUUCACCAGGGAAGAAGCUGCAGCCUGCAGCCAUGGCAAACUCCAUUGCAUCUCCUCGCUCUAGCUCUACUACUACACUCACUUUGCAGAAAGCUGUACUUAUCUGUUCUUUGCUUACAGUUGUUGGAGCAGAAGUUGAAGGGCAAAACCUGCAGUGUUCUCCCUCCUCCUGUGGUGAUCUCCACAACAUAUCCUACCCUUUCCGUCUUGAAGGCGACACCCGUGAGUGCGUCGGUGCUCCUCGUCCAUGGUACAACAUCUCCUGUAGCAAUGGCAAGGCCACCAUCCAGAUCAACACAAGAACUUACUACGUGACUAGCAUCAACUAUACGAGUAAAGACUUCAUGGUUGUGGAUGCCACCAUUAACGAUGUAAACAGCAGCUGCCCUCUUCCUCGCUCCGAUCACAUUCCUUACAAUGGUUAUAUCGAUUCUUAUGGCUAUAUCGAUUUGGCUACUUCUUCAUAUCAUUGGGCAUGCUUUGUGAAUUGUUCCCGAGCAAUAACAGAUAGUAGGGCGUGGUACAGCACCAGGUACAGGCCAAUUACUUGCAUGCCUGCGAAUUGUUCAUUUGUUUUUAUCCCUUCUUUGUUACCCUGUCCUGUUGGAGAGCUUCAACCUUCUUGUCGAUAUUUGGCCAUGAUUCCCUUUGAUACUAGGCCUGCAAUGAACGACUCACAAAUCUCGCAGCUACCGAAUGCAAGUUACAGAAACAUCAUAGGAUUCAUAAGGAAGGGAUUUCGUGUUCAAUUUCCAAUUGAUCUUAAUUACCGGAGGGUUCGUAUGAGCACAUGCCUGAAAGAUUCAACGACGUACUUCAAGCAGCACACAUCUCGUGCAAGCAUUCAGAAUUUAACCCGUGCUCUUUUCUGGAGCGAAACAUACUCUGAAGUAGACUGCAGCUAUGAAGGUGCCCCCACAAAAGACUUGAUUUUUUUGGGAAUCAUAGUAUCGGCUAUUGACAUCACCAAGUUACAUUUUGUUUUAUUCAGGUUCGUAUUGGCACCGCUCGUGGUAUUCAUCUUCCUUGCCCACAAGUACUGGAAAACAAGGAUCACGAUCGACGCAGUAGAGAAGUUCCUCCGGAUGCAGCAGAUGAUUGGUCCAAUGAGGUACGCCUACACAGACAUCAUUGCAAUUACAUCCCAUUUUCGAGACAAGCUGGGCCAAGGAGGAUAUGGCUCUGUAUAUAAAGGUGUGCUGCUCCCUGGCAAUGUCCAUAUCGCCGUCAAGAUGCUGACCAGUAGCUCCAGCUGCAACGGAGAAGAGUUCAUUAGUGAGGUCUCAACCAUUGGCAGAAUUCACCAUGUGAAUGUGGUGCGUUUGGUUGGGUUCUGCUCAGAAGAAAUGAGAAGAGCGCUCGUCUAUGAGUACAUGCCUCGAGGUUCGCUCGACAAGUACAUCUUCUCAUCAGAGAAGAGUUUCUCCUGGGAUAAGCUGAAUGAGAUCGCUUUGGGCAUUGCUAGAGGGAUCAACUACCUGCAUCAGGGCUGUGAGAUGCAGAUUUUGCACUUUGACAUCAAGCCACACAACAUCCUUCUUGAUGAUAACUUUGUCCCAAAAGUUGCAGAUUUCGGCCUUGCUAAGCUGUACCCAAGGGAUAAGAGCUUUGUCCCAGUUAGCGCUGCACGAGGAACUGUGGGCUACAUAGCUCCUGAGAUGAUCUCUAGAAGCUUCGGUGUCAUAUCAAGCAAAUCUGAUGUUUAUAGCUUUGGGAUGCUACUAUUGGAGAUGGCUGGAGGAAGAAGGAAUGCAGAUCCUAAUGUGGCAAACUCAAGUCAAGCGUAUUAUCCAUCACGGGUGUAUAGGAAGCUGACUCGGCGAGAAACAUGCGAAAUCUCUGCCAUUGUCGACAUGCAUGAGCUAGAGAGGAAGCUUUGCAUUGUUGGACUAUGGUGUAUUCAGAUGAGAUCGUGUGAUAGACCGACAAUGAGUGAAGUGAUAGAGAUGCUUGAAGGUGGUAGCGAUGAACUGCAAGUUCCUCCAAGACCAUUCUUCUGUGAUGAUGAGCAAUUCCCUGGAGUGGAUUCGUACCAUCGAUCGUCCGACCUGACGGCAAUCUCUGAGGAACAGGACGACGACGAAAGUAUAUGUCUGUUUCAGAGCUACAAGUAACUUAGUAGAUUUUCAAAUGAUGAAGCUUGUUUGAUGAUUGCAUUUACUAGGCACGUUCGUUUCUGUAAACGUCAUUAUGCUGAGACCAAUGUAGUCCGUCUUACUUAUCAUGUAAGAGUGAGCUUGUACUUCCUACAUCAAGUUACUUUUUCGGUCAGUCAAAA